AUGCCAACUCUAGACCGCGAUUCGUCGUCUGAGAAUCGGAGAAAGGAACUGCAAGCGUCAACUGCGAAACAAAAACAAGAUUUUGGACCUAGCGUAGGCCCAGGGGACGUCUGGGAAGAGCGGCGUCGCAAGGGAAUCGUCAAUUCAACCUCGACCACCAAACAGUCCGAACACGACAAACCGUUUGGUUCUAGCUACUAUUACGCCCACAACAAUCCUGGAGCGAAAGGGGGGUACAGCGAUGGAUUGUGUAUAGAAGACUACACGAUGAACGGUCCGCGACUACUUAGUCGCGGCGGCCAGUCAGUUGGGGAUCGCUCUACGAUCAGCAGCAAUAAGAAUGGCAGCCCAUCGAUGCAGACUCAACCAUCGGAAGCAUCAAAUAGACAAAAGCCAUGUAGCGAACGAAGGACACGGCAAAUUACACGCUACUUAUGGGACGACGAAGGUGAUGAGGAUGGUAUCGCUGUGAUACGCGUGGACAAUUUGCCCGGUCCAACGAGUGCCACUUUUAUUGACUGGAGAGAUGCCAACGUUACGGAGGUGACGGCUAAACUCAUUGGCGGUGGCGGGUUGCUGGUAUCCGGUACGGACAAUGCCGAAAAGGUAGAGUAUCGUCUCUACGUUAAACAGCUAUACGGACCAGCGGUUGCCGUGAAAGCGGUAGUAAAAUCGAAACGACUUUUGGUCCGUAUCUACAAGAAAAAAGACAAGUCGAAUCUAAAAGCUUGGCCGCAUCCGCAGAAAAGAAUGUAG